AUGAACUAUGCUAUACGUUUGCCAUGGAUGGUCCACAUAUUUGGCGAAUCUGGAAGCAUGAGACCCUUGAACGAAGGGAUACUCAAGCUUAAUCGAUUCGACUCGGCAACAGAUCUAGCCGAGGUGAUUGGAAACCCGAGUUCCGCAAUGCGCGUAAACGCAGAUGGAUACCGUAGGUAG